AUGGCUCUCAAGGGACUCAGGGCCAAGAAGAGAUUCCUGUGGCAGCUCCUUCUGUUUGCAUUCGGUGUCUUAGGCCUGUACCUAUACAGGCUCCAUAUUCUCAGGUACUUAGAAGGCCUAGUCCCCAUGGGCAUCUGCCCCACAGCCACAAGACCUCUGCUGAGGGACAACUUCACAGGUGUCCUGCGGCACUGGGCCCGACCUGAAGUCCUGACCUGUACCUCUUGGAAAGCGCCAAUCAUUUGGGAUGGCAUCUUUGACCCACAUGAAGCUGAGCAAGAGGCGAGACGGCAGAACCUCACCAUUGGACUGACUGUCUUUGCUGUAGGCAGGUACCUGGAGAAGUACCUGGAACACUUUCUGGAAUCUGCCGAGCAGCACUUCAUGGUGGGUCAGAGCGUGGUGUACUACGUGUUCACUGAUCGCCCGGAAGCAGUGCCCUACAUAACGUUGGGCCCGGGUCGCCUGCUUCGGGUGGAACCCGUGCUGCGAGAGAGCCGCUGGCAGGACGUGUCCAUGGCGCGCAUGCGUACGCUACACGAGGCUCUAGCGGGGCAGCUGGGGCAGGAAGCUGACUAUGUGUUUUGCCUGGAUGUAGACCAGCACUUCACUGGUAACUUCGGGCCCGAGGCGCUGUCUGAUUUGGUGGCGCAGCUGCACGCCUGGCACUACCGCUGGCCGCGGUGGCUGCUGCCUUACGAGCGGGACCGGCGAUCGGCUGCCGCCCUGGGGUUGGGAGAGGGCGACUUUUACUACCACGCCGCGGUGUUCGGGGGCAGUGUGGCGGCGCUGCGCAAGCUGACGGCCCACUGUGCGCUUGGCCAGCAGCGGGACCGGGAGCGCGGCAUCGAGGCGCUCUGGCACGACGAGAGCCACCUCAACAAGUUCUUCUGGCUGUACAAGCCCACCAAGCUGCUGUCGCCUGAGUUCUGCUGGGACCAGGUAAUUGGCUGGAAGCCAGAGAUCCACUACCCUCGCCUGCUCUGGGAGCCCAAGGAGUAUGCACUGGUGCGAAACUAGCACGCCCCGCUGGGCGGGCGGGCCGGGGCGCAGGAGCAUCUUUGGCCCUGCGGGUGUGGAGUGGGGAGCGCAUGCUGUUUCAAGAUCGUGAAGCCAGCUAGAGGCCGGUUACAGUGCUUCUGGAAGGGCGACUGUGGAGCUCGGAGGUCUCCAAAAGAGGUUCCUGUUCCUGGGACCUGUAGACCCUGUUAACCAAUCAGCUGGCUGGAGAAUCCCUUUGUUCCCACCAGAUGCAAAUUAUGGAAAGCUCCUCCUCCUCUCUGCCUCUGCGGUCGGGUCUUGUUCAUGCUCUGGCUCCUCUUGUUCAACU